CUUCUUCUUUCCUCCUCUCUCCGAGGACGUCGAGUCCCUUCCUGGCCUCCUCUUUUCUCUCGAAUUCGAUCGAAACUUUCUCUACUUCUAGCUUCUUGCCGCUCGUCUUUUGGCUUCUUCUUGGAGCUCUUCUCACUUCCUCUGUUUCGGCCCUGCUCUGUUCUCCUCCAAUGGCGGGCGCCACCGUGGCCUCGCCUCUCUGCACGUGGCUGGUUGCAGCCUGCAUGUCUGUGGCGUGCGACGAGGAGCGGCCGCUGGGGCGCCGGAGCUCGUUCCCCGGGUGGCGGCGGCGGGUGCCACUUUCCGGCGGCGAGGGCCGGGGCUUGCCCAGGCGGCUGAUCUCGGCCUUACGUGGAUCGGGGAUCCAGGGGCUGAUGAGCUCGUUCUUGGCCCUGGAGCCCUGCGCCGAGUUCUACAGUUCGAGAAAUGGGUUGGCGUUCGUUGGGAAGAAUGGCUUCUCUCCGUUCGGGCAGUGGAACGCCGAGAGUACUCGAAGGCAGCGAAGGGCUGCCCAUUCUUCUCCCUCAUCCGUUGCAGGAAAAAAAGUCAUGUCCAUUGCCAUGCAGCCUGAAACGGAAGGUGCACAGAAGAAGAGAAUGCAAACUAAACAGCGGCGGGUUGCUGUGACGGGGAUGGGUGUGGUGACUCCACUCAGCCAUGAUCCAGAUAUUUUCUAUGAAAAGCUCCUUGAGGGUGUCAGCGGCAUAAGUGAAAUAGAAACAUUUGACUGUUCAAGUUAUCCAACAAGGAUUGCAGGGGAAAUUAAAUCUUUUUCCUCAGAUGGAUGGGUGGCACCAAAAUUUUCCAAAAGAAUAGACAAGUUUAUGCUUUACAUGCUUACUGCUGGCAAGAAAGCUCUCGAAAAUGGUGGAGUUACAGAAGAUGUCAUGAGUCAGUUGGACAAGGCAAGAUGUGGAGUUCUUAUUGGGUCUGCAAUGGGUGGAAUGACGAUCUUUAAUGAUGCAGUUGAGGCUUUAAGGAUCUCAUACAAAAAGAUGAACCCCUUUUGUGUACCAUUUGCAGCUACAAAUAUGGGUUCUGCAAUGCUUGCAAUGGAUCUGGGUUGGAUGGGUCCAAAUUAUUCGAUUUCUACUGCAUGUGCAACUAGCAACUUCUGUAUUCUGAAUGCAGCACAUCAUAUUUUAAGAGGUGAAACCGAUGUGAUGCUUUGUGGUGGCUCUGAUGCCGCAAUUAUACCAAUUGGAUUGGGAGGUUUCGUGGCAUGCAGAGCACUUUCACAAAGGAAUGCUGAUCCAACUAAAGCUUCUCGCCCCUGGGAUGUUGGUCGCGAUGGAUUUGUUAUGGGGGAAGGGGCCGGUGUGCUUUUGUUAGAAGAGCUGGAGCAUGCUAAGCAAAGAGGAGCAGAAAUCUAUGCUGAGUUUCUAGGAGGAAGCUUCACAUGUGAUGCUUACCACAUGACAGAGCCACAUCCUGAAGGAACAGGCAUCAUUCUUUGCAUUGAGAAGGCGCUGGCAGAAUCAGGAGUAGCCAGAGAGGAUGUCAAUUAUGUAAAUGCUCAUGCAACUUCAACACCCUCUGGUGAUUUAAAAGAAUAUCAAGCUCUAAUCCAUUGUUUUGGCCAGAAUCCAGAGCUGAAAUUGAACUCAACAAAAUCUAUGAUUGGUCACCUCUUAGGAGCUGCUGGUGCUGUGGAAGCCAUUGCUGCAGUACAGGCUAUUCGAACAGGGUGGGUCCACCCAAACAUUAAUCUAGACAAUCCAGAAGAGAAUGUGGAUGUGAAUAAGCUGGUGGGCUCGAAAAAGGAAAGAUUGGAUGUGAAGGUGGCGCUAUCAAACUCCUUUGGCUUUGGUGGCCACAACUCUUCCAUCCUGUUUGCACCUUACCAGUAAUGACACCUCGAAGUUUCAGAAGACAUGGCUCAAUGGCUGAUCAGCUAUGGAUAGGCCUUGUACCCCUGGUUUAUUUAUGUUCAUUUGCUUGAUUCUUCAUAGGAUCUUAGCCCUUUUUUUUUUUUUAGUAGCAAGCCAACAAAAGCAUCAAGCUCAUUCUCAUGCUUGUUUGAUAAUUUGUAUCUGAAAUGGCUCCGUCCGGCACUUGUGUUUUUCUUCAACAUUAGCAUCUUGAUUAUAUGGAACUGGAUCUUAAUUUAUAUAUAAGCUUAUA